AAUUAGCGGCGUCACUUACUGCCGGACGGGUCAGUCUCGGCGAAUUACCCGAGAGAUGACGGGCUUUACUUGCCGGGACCGUCACUGCCCCUUUGCCCAUUUAAGGUCGCCGCAUGCACCUAAUUUUACAGCAUCUUUCAUAAAAUCUUACUAGCAUCACCAUGGCCUACACUCUGCGCUCCGUUUCCUCCGCGGUGUCCAGCACCCGCGCCUCGCGCUUCAGCACCGUUGCUGUGCGUGCGUCGGCCCAAAUUAACCCGAGCAUUCGGAAGUCUGAGGAGAAGGUCGCUGACUUCGUGAAGGUCGAGGACCUGCCGAAGCCUAAGGCCGUGUACUGCCGCUGCUGGCGGUCGAGCAAGUUCCCCAUGUGCGACGGCGCCCACGUCAAGCACAACAAGGAGACCGGCGACAACGUGGGCCCGCUGGUGAUUGAGUCGCCCACCGCCAAGUAGAGCACCGGCGGAUGACGUACUUGCCGCGCACCAGCCCUCCAUGCCCAGGGAACUGCCACACCACAGCGGCCUUGCAUGUUGGAACGCCUAUCAGCAAUUGUGGCCAUGAUGGUGGUCGGAUGGCCUGUGUGGUGUGCAGUGGGUAGCGCAGCUGUGGCCAAGGCAACAGCUUGGGCACUGGCGGAGUGCGGUGUGGUUGCUUUACACUUGAUGCGGUGUGGUGGGCACGUGGACUGGCUCCUUUCAUGUCGUUGUGCGGCAGGCCGAUGUAUCAGGUAUCGUGUGCAUGUGUAUUGGACGUGAUCAUGCGGAUGUACCCACAGAACAUAACAACGGCAACCGGGUAUGGACGCGACGUAGUUUGGUCAGGGGUGAUUUUAUUUGUGGUGAGCACCCGGACCCGAGUUCGACCGACUUGCGGUUCAGGAGGCAGUAGCGAGCCUAUCCGGCGAUCAGCAGCACGUGGGAGUUAAUGCUGGGUCGUAAGAUGCCGGACUUGUAACAGGUUAAACAG